UUCUUUCUUUCUUGUUCUUUUUAAUAAACAUAAUUCCAACUGAUGAGUCUUUUUCCUACUGCACAAAGAAACAAUUAUCUCGUUGAAUUUAAUGCAGGAAAGUGUAUCAGAGAAGGCACAACCAUAAAGCCUGACACAAGAAAGGGUGUCAUUUACUUGGAACAAGGUGACGACCAGCUAUUACAUUUUUAUUGGAAAGAAAGAAAACAUAACGUGGAGCCUGAAGACGAUUUUAUUAUAUUUCCUGAAGAAGCAGAAUUCAUCAGAGUGGAACAGUGUACAACUGGUCGCGUCUAUGUGCUCAAGUUUAAAUCAUCAAACCAAAAGCAAUUUUAUUGGAUGCAAAGCAAGAGUGAUGAAAAGGACAGCGACAUUGUACGUCGAGUCAAUCAAGUCAUCGAUGACCCUUCUAGUGCAGCAGAACAAAAUGGUUUUGACAACAGCGCUCAAUCUGACUUUAUGCAAAUCCUUAGUGGAGGUGGACAAGACGACUUGCCUAUGAGUCAAGAAAACCUAUUACAGUUUAUCCAGAAUGCAAGUGGAUUAGGUAGCUCUUUAUCUCGUCAAGCAGAGAUCCUUACGAGCUCUCGAUGGAAUCAGUUGAAGGAAAAACUAGACCGAAUCUCAGCAGAAGAACAAGCUCAGCUGGAUAUAGGCGAUGUCUUGAAUACAGACACAGUCAACAUAAUCUUGCGUGAUGACGACAUCCGUAAUGCGCUUUUCCCAUUUGUAAGCGCAACCGACUCGAGAAGAACACCAGAACAAGUUCAGCAAUUGGUGCAAAACCAACAAUUUCAAAACAGAUUGCAAACCAUUCAUAAAGCCAUUCAGCAAGAUGAGCUGAAUAGUAUACUUGAAGAUUUACACGCUGAAAAGAAUUUAAAGUCUUUCUUGAAGGCAGUUGAAGAUCAAGCAAAACGAAAACAUGAAGAUGCAAUGGAAGAAGAUUUAUAAAAUGUCACAAGAAUAAAAAUGACCAAACAAUAUUUUUC